CAGACCUCCCCGAGCCACCUUCCAAAGCAUCGUGCUGGCCGCUUCUCUUCAGCAGGCCGUGUCUCUGCCGAGCCCAGCCUUUUGCACCCCGAUCUCUGCACCGGCUGUGUCCGAUCCCGUCCAAGCGCUCUGUCUCCAGCCCCAUCUCUCCGGCUGGCCUGGCCCGAAUCUGCUUGGUCGUCCACCGAUCGUAUCUGGGCAAACCCCCGCCAUCCGUCCAUCGAUGCCAUUGCCCGGUUCACCAUCCGCACCGGCCCCAAGCGCUCUCGAACGACCUGAUCUGCCCCGAUCCGCCGCCUCAAUGCCGACCAUGUCCGCCCUGUCGACCCAGACCGAGCCCAGGACAGGAUCUCCAGCCUCGUCGGCGCCGUUGCAGCCACACAUUCCCGGCGCUUUGGAUGCCGGCAGCCAUAAUCAUCCGACGAUCACCGGCUCGGCCUGGAUACCUGCAAUGCAAUUCCUCCCGCUGCUGCCUUCGACGUUCCAUGAUGUAUCGUACAUUCUGCCAAGCAUCACCCCUCUCGUGGACGAUGCGAUCGGCUCUCACCUGGACUUUGGCUUGGACGCACCAGCCAGUGGAUAUAGGCUCGAUAACGCUGUUCUUGGCCAAGUGGAACGCAUCAGCCUCCAGCACCUUGUCUUCAACCCGGAUCUUGCUGUGCUGGAUCCAGCCCAUGUUGCUGCCUUCGUCGCUCCCUCUGUUGCCGGGCUUGGAUCAACCCCGAAAUUGCGAGUCCCAUCACGGCCACAACUUCACAAUCGAUCUGACCCCGGUCCUUCCCACUCAGCCAUGGCAGCACCGGCGGUAGUGCCAACCACACAGCAUGCAGCCCACGGCCAUCCUGUCGACCCGACCGCCCAAACGUCACACCCAGCCAGGCUCGUUGGCAGCGUCAAACUACCGAGUGGCCCAGCCCAAGUCAACUCUGUCGCUUCCGCUCCAGGCCGGCCUGCGUUGGGCUCUGGGGCGAGUCUGGAUCGGCUCGAGACCAAACAGGCUAUCCCUGACAAGACGAAGCGAGUGAUCAUCAAAGUUCCCUCCUUCCCGGCUGUAUCCAACGACGUGAGCUCCGAAGCGGACACGGAGGCGACAAAGUGGUGGGAUCUGCUCGAUGAUAUCCUUGCUGAAGACGAUCGCAUCGUUGACGGAUCGGUAUCCCAGCUCCUGUACUUUGAGGACAACUUCAACUGCGUCCGCCUGCGGCUCGAGACCCUAUCGCUGCUCUCAAAACGCCUCACCAAGCUCACCACCUCCCUGGAUUCUGGUUUCAAGCGCCUGCAGCAGUCCGAAGCGGGUGAUGCCGAGAACGAUCAAAGAAUCGCAAAGCUGGCAAGGCUGCUGAAGCUGCUGGAAUCGCUCGUUUCCGAGAACCCAAGUAUGGAUCUCAAGAUUGCGCAGGAUCACCAACCCUACCGCACACCGACAAAGAAGCUCAAGCGAUCCUCCGACGAUUCACGUGGACUUGGCAUUCAUACCGAAUUGCCCGAAGCUUCUGGCUUGGCAGCGAGCGCGACAAACGAAGAGUCGCUUAUGUCCGGGCUGAAUGCGAGUCUUCUGGGGGCCGAGGCUGGCUUGCUGGCUAUCCGCAUGAUCACGGGCACGACGGUCGAAGGCCCAGUCCGGCGCGAGAUAUAUGACGAAUCUCUGAUGCAAGCCGUUGUCGGCUUUGCCAAGCACCAGAUCGAGCAUAUUCUCGUUCCCAUUCUCGGCAUCCUUGAUGCCCAUGGAGAUUCUCGCUCGGACAAUGCCCAGGCUGUUCAGUCAUUGCUUGAAAGGGGACACGCACGCAAGCUCAUGAUGAACAUAGGUGCCAAGCUCGCCAUGGUCUUGCAAAAUCUGUGUGCCCUUUUGUCUACAGAUGUUUUCCAAGACGACGUACAUAUAUCGGUGGCCUUCCUAUCUUUUGCACCCAUGUUUGUGGAGAUGACACCACUCGCCGUCCAACUUGGGUUCCGAGAGCUUCAGGUCCACUCCAUCCGACUACUCCGAAAGAUUUUUGCCGAAAACUCUCAUCACCGGAACUUUAUCCUGGAGGAGAUCCUGUCUAACUUGAUCAAACUCCCGACCACCAAGCGCUAUCUCAAGCACUACAGACUCUCCGACGGCUCCUCCAUUCAAAUCGUGAGCGCUCUUAUCCUGCAGCUCUUCCAAAGCUGCAGCUCGCAGGCUGCCCUUCGGCUGUCCAUCCGCGAUGCCCAUGCCACGGUUUCAGGCGUCGCAACAGGGGUACUACAUCCGGAGUCUCUCUCAUCUGCAACACCCCCGGCGUCAAUGGGCUCGCUGCAGCAUUCUUGUCAAGAUCGCCUCGAGGACGUAUUCGCUCUGGAAGGGGAGGUUUACGAUAAGCUUGCGGCCUCUUGCCGACAUGCCCACGAGGCUGCGGCGGCAUGCGUUGCAUUCUUUUUUCGAUAUCUGCUCGACCGCUGCGGUACCGCAGGCGAAAGCAAGGAUAAGCCAGCAGGUCGAAAACGAAACAGCACCGCCCUCAAUUCGUCUCUCGAGCAGGAGUACCGUGUUGUGUUGGAAAACUUUUUGAGUGACCUUCUCACAGUGCUGAAGGCCCCGGACUGGCCGGUCUCCGAAACCGUGGCGUUGAUUUACAGCCGCUUCAUGCUGCAGUUUGCAGACGAACCCAAGCGGGUCGGCGAUACGUUCAGCAAAUCGAUUGCUCUCGAAUGGUUUGGAGAAGUCUGUGCCAAGAUACUUCAACGACCCGCGGCUUCAGUGCACACCCACACCGACCUUCAAAGCAUCAUUGCGCACAUCGACCAAACGGAUGUGCUCAAAUCGCACCCUAAUUGGAACGAGAUCAAGCCCGACAUUGUUCACACCCUGUGGCAAGUGCAGCAAUCGGUGCUCGAGUGGCUUGACAGCGCCGGUAGCGGCGAGGACGAUUCCGAGACGGCCCGUAUGUUUUAUCUGUCCAGCUGGAUGUCCUCGAUGGCCGCGCGGAUAGGUAACCACGUGUCCGAUGCAUCUGCACCGGCAUUCCGAGCGAUUCGGCUCCUUUACCGUGAGUACGUUCGGUGCAUGUCCAGGACGUCGACUAUCAGCCCAUCACGCUGGGAGGCCCUUGAAGCGUCUUCAUGGGAUAUGCGUGCCAUUUCAGCGACCAUGGACGAUACGCGGCAGCUGGUUUGCAUGCUCGCUGAAGCACUGUUCAAACGUGGGCUGCUCACUUCGAUGGUGGAUCAGCUAUUGCUUCGGAUCAACACGGCUAUGCAGUCCGAUACUGUGUCGAUUCGCUCCAAGGCCUUGAAAGCUGUCCAAAUGGUCGCCAUGGUUGAUGGCAGCGUCAUGCACAACGAGUCUGUCCGCAAGGCUGUUGAGCAGCGUUUGCUUGACCCCAGCGCCGCUGUUCGAGAUGCGACGGUUGAGCUGCUAAGCAAGUACUUGGAGGGUCGCUGGGAACGCGCCCAUGAAUACUACAAAACGCUCAGCGAGCGUAUAUUCGACGUCUCAACGUCAGUUCGGAAACGCAUGAUCAAGUUGUUAAGGGAUGUUUACGUCAGCCGGGCCCCCUCACGCCAGUCGUGGUCGUCGGGUGCUCCUGUCUCCGAUGAAGACGCCGUCAAAGUGCAAGUCGACAUCUGCGGUCGCAUUAUGAGUCGGCUGGCCGACUCAGAGCCCACGGUACAAGAGCUGGCGCUCAGAACGCUCUUUGACAUCUGGUUCCAGUCCGACACUGGGAAUGACAAUGCGUAUGAGUCCCUCUCGAUUGUCGACCAGCGCCAGAUACAACAUCGUACCCGGAUCAUGGUCCGAUCGCUUUCAACCGAUCACAACUUCAAGAAGAUGUCCGACCUGUUUGGCGAACUGCUGGAUCGGCUCAAGACUGGCGACAAGCUCACCAUGUCUGAGCGAGCAACGAUGGCCCACAGUUGUAGCCUACUGGUUCAGUGCUUAGUGUCACAGAUCGUCGGCGGUCUUGAUGAUACAACUGGGAUGCAGCUGUCGGAUGUGUUUGUGAUUCUUUUGCUAUUCAGUCGCGCAUUCCCGCCACUACUCGAGCCACACAUCGCCACGCUGGUGCCGUAUCUCAAGACACCUGCCCAACAGAGCGAAGGAAUUGCUGCGGCGCCAGCGGACCAACGCGUGCUCCAGACUCUGAUCGGCAUAUUCAACAACGUCGUUCCGAUCUUGCGAGAUGCCGACCACGCGGUCAUCCUCGAAAUAGAAAAGGAGCUCACCCAGAUCCUGAACAAGGGCGCUAGCUCGAUCAUCUCAGUUGCUGUUCCAUGUUUCGUAACAACCGUAUUCUCAGCGACCAAUAAUGUCCAUAAGCUGACCAAGAUCCUCAAGACUUGUGUUGGUUUCCUUGAGCGUGCCAAGAACGAGAAAGCAAGAGGUACCCCGCUUGCGCCGGCCGUCCAGAAGCAGCUCUGGCGCUGCCUGCUCAUCCUUGGCCCCCUGCUCCGGAGAUGUAAUUUUGAUGAUCGAACCCUCUUCAAAUCCGAGGAUGCAUUGCAAGAUCUAUCAAGCUUCGGAAAGGACUCGAUUGCCGAAAAGUGCUUCACUCUGGUUCUAUAUUUUGCCCAGCAUCCGGAUGCCAGCAGCGAUACGACUCGCAACUUGGCGAUAUCGGCUCUUGGCGAUAUCUUUGUAUCCAAGCCACAGCUCACCCUUACAACACGCGCUCGCGAACUGAUGGACUCAAUAUUUGGUGGAGCGUUGCCUAUUCUCCAGGUCUCGCUGCUCAAGUUUUUUCUGGAUUUCUUGGAGACCGAACAAGCCCGCAUGGAGAAGGAACGCGUUGAUCGAGCCUCGACGAUCAAUAGCGAGGCCGUGAACUUCAGCAUCUUGAUGGGCAACGCAAAGGAAAUGGCCAACGAUUCCGUUAGCAUCAGCUUGCUACGGCUCUACACAAAGCAGAUCCUGGACUGCCUGAUCCAGCCCGAUCCUCAGCUUUUGCAGGCCGCAUUCGAUGUCCUGAUUUUGGGCGUUGAGCGGUCGCUAAUUCACCCGAUGAUGGGCUUGCCAUCGAUCGUGGCCAUGGAGUCCCACCCAGACAGUGCAAUCCGCAAUCGCUCGUUCCAAGUCCACAAGAAUCUCUCCGAUAAGCAUGCGAGCUUGAUCAGCACCAAGAAUCUCGAGUGUGUUCGGAAGGCAUUUGAAUAUCGCACAACAGUGACCAAGCAGGACCACACCGCCCCCCUUGGGUACAUUGUAGUACCUCGGCAGAAUGAUGAUGGCCAGACUCUGAGCUAUCAUGAAGCUGCGCUAUCGAAACUGUACCAACUCGUGCAGGCGAAACGCCCCAAGCGCAGCGACUUGAUCACGCAGCUGCUGCGGCUAUAUGACGUCGAUUUAACGAAGGAGCCAGAGGAGCGGGUGCAGCUUUGUCAGUUUGUUGGCGAGAACCUGGCGUUGUUCGAGUACAAGAACCACGACGAAAUCCUGUUUAUCGUUCAUCACAUCUUGAGGAUUCUGUCGGUGCAAGGCGAAACGGUCCAUGAGGCAAUCGCCAAGUGGGAGAAGGAUCCCGUCAGCAUCUCGGCCGAUUCUCUCCCGAGCCUCUCCCGCGCAGCCGUCUGCAUGUCCAUGCUGAUCAUCCUCAAGAGACAUUUGCAGCACACAUACGGCAUAUCCGAUGCAAAAUGCCAAACAUAUUCCGGAGAGAGCCAAAAAUCAAAUGAGAAAGCCCUGCAGAGAAAGCGGCCAGACUGUCCAUCCAUUCCUUGGCUCCCUCCGGGGGUGGUGGUGGCCCAAACGAAUCCCACAAAACAUCAGAUCCGGACUCGAUUUGCUGCGUUUAUGGAGCUGAUGGAAAAUGACCAGACGCAGUUGAUCGAGCAUGGCGAUGCUGACAACGAUCGAGGUCCCAUGAGCGCUGACGUCUCAGGGCCGCUGGAUGCAAAGCCAAUCCCCACACAGACUCACCGAAACCAGAAGCGCGCAUCACAAAAUACCGAGACAGGCCCCAAAAGAUCAAAGCUGAUAGUUUCGGACUCGGAUCACGAAUGACAGGGUGUACAUAUCCUUGCGUUGCUGAAUCGUCACAUUACCAAUCCGCAGUGCGCGCAAGCAAAUGUGAUUGUGAAACCGGGUAAAUUGAUCAUGGUGCAAUAGCCAUCCAUGUACUUGCCCCAAUUUGCUUUUUGGAUGAAUAUAGCGUGUCCAUUAUGAAACAA